AUGGCACUGCCAUCCGAGGAGGUGGUGGCCAUACUCGCGCCGAUCAUCGUGUACUGGGUCGCCGCCGGUGUGUACACGGUGCUCGGCCGUGUACUGGCUGACCACAGGCUCCACUCGAGGGAGGAGGAGGAGGUCAGGAACCUCGUCCCCAAGCGUGUCGUGGUCCGCACCGUCCUCCUCCAGCACGUUCUCCAGGCGGCGAUAGCCUUCGCAGUCUUCAACGUGAAGCGAGAAGAUCGCCGGGUCGCCGACGCCGGCACCGGCGCCGCACCCGCCAUGGCCGUCAUCUGCUGCCAGUUCGUGGCUGCCAUGGUGGUCCUCGACACGUGGCAGUACGGGUGGCACCGCCUGAUGCACAGCAGCGGCCUGCUGUACCGCCACGUCCACUCGUGGCACCACAGGCUGGUGGCGCCGUACGCCUACGCCGCCCAGUACAACCACCCGCUGGAGGGCCUCGUACUGGACACGGCCGGCGGCGCGCUGGCGCUGGCCGUGACGGGGAUGGCGCCCCUGACGGCUGCCGCCUUCUUCUCGUUCGCGACUCUCAAGGCCGUCGACGACCACUCCGGCGUGCUUGUCCCGGGCAACCCGCUGCAUCUCCUGUUCCGCAACAACACGGCCUACCACGACGUCCACCACCAGGUCCGUGGUGGCCGCUGCAACUACGCGCAGCUGUUCUUUGUGGCGUGGGACAAGCUGAUGGGCACGUACGUCCCUUACGAGGUCGUCAGAGCUCGGCACGGCGGACUGGAGGCCGUGCCGUUGAAGAAGAAGAAGAAGGCCUGA